GGGUGCCAGCUGCGGCGAGCCCCGAGCGGCGCGCGUCUCCGAGGCGUCUGUCUCCUUAUAUGGUAAAAUGAUACGGUGGGGGUUUCUCUAGGGCUGGGAAGCGGCGCUGGUCUACACUCCUGCCCGACUGCGGAGCCGAGUCCCAGGAGCCGCCGCCGCAGACGGCAGCCCCCGGGUGUCGCGCCGCCACCGCGCCGCCCUCGCCGCCCCGGAACGGCCCGGCCAGCCCCAGCCAGGGGAGACCCCGGCCCUCCGCGGCGCGGUUGUUGAAAAGCCCGGUGUCAAGAUGACUGAGCGCUUCGACUGCCACCAUUGUAACGAAUCUCUCUUUGGCAAGAAGUACAUUUUGAGGGAGGAGAGCCCCCACUGUGUAGAGUGCUUUGAGACCCUCUAUGCCAACACAUGCGAGGAGUGUGCGAAGCCCAUCGGCUGCGACUGUAAGGACUUGUCCUAUAAGGACCGGCACUGGCACGAGACCUGCUUCCACUGCUCCCGGUGCAAGAAGUCGCUGGUGGACAAACCCUUUGCGGCCAAGGAGGAGCAGCUGCUCUGCACGGAGUGCUACUCCAACGAGUGCUCCUCCAGGUGCCACGAGUGCAAGAAGACCAUCAUGCCAGGGACCCGCAAGAUGGAGUAUAAGUCCAGCAGUUGGCACGAGACCUGCUUCAUCUGCCAUCGCUGCCAGCAGCCGAUUGGAACCAAGAGUUUCAUCCCUAAAGACAAUCAGAAUUUCUGCGUGCCCUGCUACGAGAAACAAUAUGCCAUGCAGUGUGUUCAGUGCAAGAAGCCCAUCACCACUGGGGGCGUGACUUACCGCGAGCAACCCUGGCACAAGGAGUGCUUCGUGUGCACUGCCUGCAAGAAGCAGCUGUCCGGGCAGCGUUUCACGUCUCGAGAUGAGUUUGCCUAUUGCCUGAACUGCUUCUGUGACUUGUAUGCCAAGAAGUGUGCUGGCUGCACCAAUCCAAUCAGCGGUCUUGGAGGCACCAAGUAUAUCUCUUUUGAGGAACGGCAGUGGCAUAAUGAUUGCUUUAACUGUAAGAAGUGCUCCCUUUCAUUGGUGGGGAGAGGCUUUCUCACAGAGAGGGAUGACAUCCUGUGCCCUGAUUGUGGAAAAGACAUCUGAAGCCAAGACAAAGAAAUUACUGCUUGCACUAUACACAGAUUUUAUAUAUUUUCUUUUUCAACCAGACAAUAUUGUGUUCUGGUUUUCAUCAGCCACAUCAAGACUUUCCUCUUGUGCUUCUCAGUGAUUUUCACGUUUGUUUAAAUCCUUUAAUCAAUUUUUCAUACUAGCUUGGUCCCAGGGAAGGAGAAAAUUCUGAUGUAAAUCCUUUAUGGGAAGGUGGUUUUGAAUUUUUGUAAUCAAAUAAGGCAGACUCAAGCACAAAAAUCCUUUUGAAUGAUGGCAUUAUAAAUGUAUCUUUAUCUCACUGCAUAUUUAAUUUUUAAGUGCAAUUAACAUGUGUCACGAACUUGAAAUUUUUCAAACUAUAGAAGGUAAUGAAGAGUUGGUAUUUACAACUGUGUAACUUCCUGUCAUGUAAAGCCUAAAAGCAAGAUUAUGUGACUUUUACAAUAAAGUUAUUCAGUACAAAA